GCAGAAGAAAGGGGAAAAUGACACCCCCCCCUUUUUUUCCCGGGGCCUCUGUUCUCGGAGCUCCCGGGGCUUAGAAUUGGGAUCUCUUAUGGACGAGAGAAGGGAUGGAAUAGAAUAGGUCCGGAGAUGGAAUGUUCCACGAUCCCUAAACUCCAGACCUCGUGUGGACAGUAAUGUCCUCACGUUUCCGGUUGCCUGCUGGCAGAACCUACAAUGUGCGAGCAUCAGAGUUGGCCCGAGACAGACAGCAUACAGAGGUGGUUUGCAAUAUCCUUCUUCUGGAUAACACUGUACAAGCUUUCAAAGUUAAUAAGCACGAACAGGGGCAAGUUCUGUUGGAUAUAGUCUUCAAGCAUCUUGACUUGACUGAGCAAGACUAUUUUGGUUUACAGUUGGCUGAUGAUUCCACAGACAACCCUAGGUGGCUGGAUCCAAACAAACCAAUAAGGAAGCAGCUGAAGAAACUGCUUUUAUUAAUUUUAGGAGGAUCUCCUUACAACUUGAACUUCAGAGUCAAAUUUUUUGUAAGUGACCCCAAUAAGUUACAAGAAGAAUAUACAAGGUACCAGUAUUUUUUGCAAAUUAAACAAGACAUUCUUACUGGAAGAUUGCCCUGUCCUUAUAAUACUGCUGCCCUUUUGGCUUCAUUUGCUGUUCAGUCUGAACUUGGAGAUUAUAAUCAGUCACUGAACCUGCCAGGCUACCUCUUAGAUUAUUCUUUCAUUCCUAACCAGCCUCAAGAUCUUGAAAAAGAAGUUACAAAAUUACAUCAGCAACAUACAGGCUUAUCUCCUGCAGAAGCAGAAUUUAAUUACCUGAACACAGCACGUACCUUAGAACUCUAUGGAGUUGAAUUCCACUAUGCAAGGGAUCAAAGUAACAAUGAAAUUAUGAUUGGAGUGAUGUCAGGAGGAAUUCUGAUUUAUAAGAACAGGGUACGAAUGAAUACCUUUCCUUGGUUGAAGAUUGUAAAAAUAUCUUUUAAGUGCAAACAGUUUUUUAUUCAACUUAGAAAAGAAUUGCAUGAAUCUAGAGAAACCUUGUUGGGAUUUAAUAUGGUGAAUUACAGAGCAUGUAAAAAUUUGUGGAAAACAUGUGUAGAACAUCACACAUUCUUCCGUUUGGACAGACCACUUCCACCUCAAAAGAAUUUUUUUGCACAUUAUUUUACAUUAGGUUCAAAAUUCCGGUACUGUGGGAGAACUGAAGUCCAGUCAGUUCAGUAUGGCAAAGAAAAGGCAAAUAAAGACAGGAUAUUUGCAAGAUCACCAAGUAAGCCCUUGGCACGGAAAUUAAUGGAUUGGGAAGUAGUAAGCAGAAAUUCACUAUCUGAUGACAGGUUAGAAACACAGAGCCUUCCUUCAAGGUCUCCACCUGGAACACCUAAUCAUCGAAAUUCUGCAUUCACACAAGAGGGAACCCGAUUACGACCAUUGUCAGUUGGGCAUUUGGUAGACCACAUGGUUCCCACUUCACCAAGCGAAGUAUCUGUGCAUCACAGAUCUCCAUCAUCAACACAGGCUAACAGCAUCGUUCUGGAAUCAUCACCAUCACCAGAGACCCCAGGGGAUGGCCAGCCUCCAGCUUUACCACCCAAACAAUCUAAGAAAAACAGUUGGAACCAAAUUCAUUAUUCACACUCUCAACAGGAUCUGGAAAACCAUAUUAAUGAAACUUUUGAUGUUCCAUCUUCCCCUGAAAAAUCUACUCCUAAUGGUGGUAUUCCACAUGAUAAUCUUGUUCUAAUCAGAAUGAAACCUGAUGAAAAUGGAAGGUUUGGAUUCAAUGUAAAGGGAGGAUAUGAUCAGAAGAUGCCUGUGAUCGUGUCCCGAGUAGCACCAGGAACACCUGCUGACCUCUGUGUCCCUCGAUUGAAUGAAGGGGACCAGGUUGUACUGAUCAAUGGUCGGGACAUUGCAGAACAUACCCAUGAUCAGGUUGUCAUGUUUAUUAAAGCGAGCUGUGAGAGACAUUCUGGUGAACUUGUGCUCCUAGUUCGACCUAAUGCUGUAUAUGAUGUAGUGGAAGAAAAGCUAGAAAAUGAGCCAGAUUUCCAGUACAUUCCUGAGAAAGCCCCAGUAGAUAAUGUCCAUCUGGAUGACCAUUCCCUGCGGGAGUCAAUGAUCCAGCUAGCUGAAGGGCUUGUCACUGGAACAGUCCUGACACAAUUUGAUCAACUCUAUCGGAAAAAACCUGGAAUGACAAUGUCUUGCGCCAAAUUACCUCAGAACAUUUCCAAAAAUAGAUACAGAGAUAUUUCGCCUUAUGAUGCUACACGGGUCAUUUUAAAGGGUAAUGAAGACUACAUAAAUGCAAAUUAUAUAAAUAUGGAAAUCCCUUCUUCCAGCAUUAUAAAUCAGUACAUUGCUUGUCAAGGCCCAUUACCACACACUUGUACAGAUUUUUGGCAAAUGACUUGGGAACAAGGUUCCUCCAUGGUUGUAAUGUUGACUACACAAGUUGAACGUGGAAGAGUUAAGUGUCACCAGUAUUGGCCAGAACCCACAGGAAGUUCCUCCUACGGGUGCUACCAAGUCACCUGCCACUCAGAAGAAGGAAACACUGCUUGUAUCUUCAGGAAGAUGACACUGUUUAACCAAGAGAAAAAUGAGAGUCGUCAGCUCACUCAGAUCCAGUAUAUAGCCUGGCCUGACCAUGGAGUCCCAGAUGACUCAAGUGACUUUCUGGAUUUUGUUUGUCAUGUACGAAAGAAGAGGGCUGGCAAGGAAGAACCUAUUGUUGUUCAUUGCAGUGCUGGGAUUGGGAGAACAGGUGUUCUUAUUACUAUGGAAACAGCAAUGUGUCUCAUUGAAUGCAAUCAGCCAGUUUAUCCACUAGACAUUGUAAGAACAAUGAGAGAUCAACGAGCCAUGAUGAUCCAAACCCCUAGUCAAUACAGAUUUGUAUGUGAAGCUAUUUUGAAAGUUUAUGAAGAAGGAUUUGUUAAACCCCUAAUGACAUCAAAUAAAUAAGAAAACAAAAGGAUGGGGAUAUGUGUUGGAAAGCCGCUUUCCAUUAUAUUCACUGUGCCAUAAUACUUCUUGCAGGAAAUGGCAUCUCAAGAAAAAAUGAAGAACUAACAAAAACUUUGACAACUUCAGCACUGUUGCACUUUAUGUUUAAAAAAAAAAAAAGUCAUCUCUCAAACUAUUUAACUCAUGUGUUUGAAGACUAUUUCAUGCUUUGCUGCGAACAAAUAGUGAAUAACUGAGUAUGUUCAGGGUAAUUUAUGAAAUUUUGUGGUGGUGCCAUGCAGUCCCCUUCUGAUAGAAUUGCCACAAAGAAGGCUCAGAAUUUUCAUCAUCUCUUGUAUCUUGAAAGCAGAAAGAAGUGAAAAUCAGGAGUCAGCCAUGGUCUUUUCCAAGUUUCAUGAACUUACAUAUACUGAUUUCCAGCUUUUAUUUUUAAAAUUUUAGCAAUACCAUUCUCAAUAUUAGCCAAUACACUGCCUAUGGAUGCAGCACAUCUUUCCCUGUACUUCCCCCAUAGAGACCUGCUAUUCAUAAGAAGAAAGGUGGAAUUUGCUUUUCCCGGGAAAUGCUGCACAUUGUCCAUUUACCAGCAUCUUAUAGAAAAUAUAACUAUGAAUCUACAAAUUUUCUUGGAUUUAAUAAUGUAACUUAUAUUUAUCGUAAGGUUGGCUUAUUCCAAAUCAUGUGAUUUCACAUACUUGAUGUAAAUGAAUGCAUGUAUUAUGUCUUAACCCCUUAAGUGCCUUGAGACAUCCUUGUAUGUCUAAUGGAAAGGCACUCAUUUGACCCCAUUAAGAGGUAUCUAUGUAAAUUGUACAGUCUUAAAUUUUUAUGCAUUUUGAAUAAGUUCGCAUUUUAAAAAAAAACAGCUUCUUAUAUUGAGUUAUGCAGUCAAGUGAGGGUAAGGAAAGUCUGUUCCUUUCUUAUUCAAUACUUGUAUUUUGCCAUAAGCAAAGAUAAUUUGCAUUCUACUGAGUCAUUACUCUGCUGCUAUGAAAAUGUUCAAAAUCUGCACAUUCCUUUACUAGGGGACAGGGAUUACAAUUUAGCAAUUCAACAUAAAAAAGAUGGCUUAUUCUUCAAAUGUCAUAUUUAAAUUAUCCCUACUUUUAGGCAUCUGAUAUGUACACAGAAGGCAAACAUAUUAAAUACUCUAAGCUAACAUUUUAGUAAUUAAUUAUGAUUUAUUUUAUCAUUAAAUUUUUGCUUUUCAGAGUUCGUUACAGUUCAUAUGAAGCUUUGUUCACACUGGUCUGUGGGUUGGGAUAUUUCAAAUGAGGAAAAAAACAUUAUUGACUUAUUUAUAAAUAUCCUUCAAUAACUGCGGCGAGGCUUUUCUUGUCAUUUUUGUGUACAGUUAAAUUGUUCUGGAUUAUAUAUACUUAUGUAAGUUAAAAGCUUGCUAAUAAGGAGAAUUCUGAUUGUCCAUCCUGAUAGAGGAUUUGAUUUCCCUGUAAGGAUGUGUAUAUUUUCCUCUUCAAAUCUUUUUGCUUUUAAAUCUACGGAGAGAACUUUAAAAUUGCACAGAUUAAUAGAAGUGGAAAGUUGCCCACCUAUUCAAAUGCUAUUUUGCUGUGGUUAAAAUAGAGUCAUUUAUCAGUGGUUUAUGAAUAUUUCUCUAUUCUAAAUACUUGAUAAAAUAUAGUCAAGUGGUAGGUAUUUUGGAAUGCCAUUUACUAUGAGGGAAAAAGGAGAUUUUUUAAAGUUCAGUAUACUCUAAAUGAUAUUUUCAAAUAUUUGAAAUCCAUAAUAAAAUUUAGAAAGUUAAGGUUGUAAGCAUUUAAUAGCCAAGAUAUCAAGUAAAUUAAUCAUGUUAAAAUAUUUUAGGAUUUUUUUAAAGAAAGAAGUAAGCAUACCCUUUAUGUCAAAGAGAAAUUCUCUUAUCUGUUUCCGGGUUUCAUAGUUAAGACAGUAUAUGAGAUAGUAAAUAACUAUAAUCUUAUUUGAACAUUCCAUUCUCUACCAACAGAUAAAUGUAAAUUAGACUGCUAAAUGACAUUAUAAGUUCAACAGUGAAAAAGUAAAAUCUCGUCGGGGGCCUACGCAUUAAAUGACUGUUUUGGCAGUUGUUUUUCACCUGAAUUAAAGAUUAAAAUCUGACUGUUAUAACUAUGUGGACAGAAAAUGGUAACCAUAGAUAAAGAGAGACUUUUAUAUAGAUAUAAACAGACAAGUGUCAUGGUUAGUGUGUUCUUUAAUUCAUGGUUUUGUUUACACUGUUGAGGUUAACUCUAAACUUUGUUGGCAAUGAACACCACUGCUUUUUUAAUCAUUAACUUAAAUGACAAUGUAUUAGAAGUUUUAAAUUACAUUUAAAUUUCUCACAUAUGAAUUUUUCAUCUGAGAACCAUCCUCUAUCAGUAUUUUUAUACACACAGAAGAUCCUUCUUAAAGUAGAUUUAUUAGAAUCUUAUUUAAAUUUAAGAUAAAUUAUCCUUCAAAACUUCUUGAAAUGAAUAUGCUAAUUAGGCUUCCCUGUUCAGCCAACAGAUAAGACUUUAUCCAUUAUACCUGAAAAUUUUUUACCCUGUUUAUUAAUCUAAAUCAGCUUCUAGGAAUAAUCCUAGCGUUCAGAUGAGUAGUUAUAGGCCCCAUCUCUAUUAAUGUAAUAUUGUGUGCUAAAAUGCCAAAUUUUUUAUAUCUAAGCUACUCACCCCCUCCACCAGCCACCACACAUCAUCCCCUAACAUACACACACACACACACACACACGAAAGCAUUAAGACUUUUAUUCUGGCAAAGGGAAAUAGAUAUUGAUAAAUCAAGGAACUUCUAUAAAUGCUAAGAAGUGUUGGUGAAAACCUUCCCCUCUCUGAUUUAGGAUAGUUUUUCCAUGUUCAUUUCAAGUGUUUUAUUUAGCAUCUGAUUGAUGUGAGCACCAUGUAUAUAGGAUGAAGAGUAUUUUGGAAUAGAUUUUAUAUUCACAAGAAGAGAAAUUACUAUUUGUUAAACCAAUGCAUCCAUUCAAAAUGGAGGCAGGGUAAACAGCCUAAGAAAUAAUUUCCUUUGUGUGGCCUGCUAAUGUAAGUAGAAAGGGAAAAAAUUAUUGUUUUGAUGAAGAGUUAAGAGAAAAUUUAUUAUGUGAAAACUGACUUCCAAUGUAUAAAUAUAUAUUAAACCAUUAGGAUAGUUGUUGAAGGUUUCAACUACUAAAAUACACACAGAGAGAUACUUUUGUGCUUUUAUUUAUAUGGGUAUUUCACAAUGGGUACUGCUCACAAACAGGGAAAAGGUUAUUUUAACUAUACAGUUGUUUAUAAUCUGUUGACAGACGUUAUCAUGUCUAAUCAGUUAUUUGAGCAAAGGUCUCCUAUCUCCACUAGAAGUAAUACAACUUGAGAGCUAAAAGGACUUGAGAAAUUGUAUCCAAGCCUCCCCUCCUGCCGUUUUAUAGGCAAGGAAACAGAGGUUCAACAAAGGCAAGUGGUUUAACAGUCUGGUCUCCUACCAUCUGAUUUUUCCAGUUCUCAAUCUGGUAUUCUCUAUAUUGUACUGGGGCUUCAAUAAAUUAUAACCUUUGUGAAUAUCAUAAAUUCUUGUGAAUUUUCCUCUGUUUCAGCUCAGAGACAUACCCUCAGGCAGAGUUUUCACUUAAUAAGUAUGGUGAUAUUAGAAGAUGUCACUGAAGUCAAAAAAUAAGUAGUCUUCAAAUCACUUUUGCUAGUCCUGCUUCCCUAAUAGAACAUGAGCUUUUAUAAAGUAUUUAGGCUAAUAUACAUGCAGUAUGAAAACAUUCUGGACUGCAAAUUAUAGAACUAAUUCUUAAAAGCACUUAAAACAGAACUAAGCUGUAGAAUAUAUGUACACUUAUCAAAUAAUUUAUGUUCAUAAUGUGAACAUGUAAUAUAAUUAAAGCAUUACUUGUUUUAUAACCUUAGGGGAAGGAAGAAAGAAACAAGAAUUUAUAACUGUGCUAUUUAAUAUCUGUAUUUUGAAUAUUUAAAUAUUUGAUGAUAAGGUUGCCAAAGUAGUUUUGAAUUCAUAAGAAUUAUUUAUACCACAGUAAUGCGGGAUAUGUUUACAGGCUUUUAUUGUAGUAGUAGUUGUUUUGUAGUUCAGGUGAAUUUUCAUUUAAGUCACUUAAAGUAAAUUUAUUAUGGUAAUUAUUUGUUAUAAUGAACAUCUCUUGGUAAUACGGCAAGACAUAGAUAAAUUAUGCCACAGCAUGCUUUUUAUGUAAGCUGCCACAUUAACAAAAUACCAGACUUUAUAUUAAUGUUACUUCCCACAUUUGCUUUAGCUAUGCAACCACAAUUUCUGAAACCAUUUUUUGUACUUUCCUCCAAGUAAAAUAGCUAUGGUAUGAAAAUCUACUAAAUUAAUUUAACAAAUCCCAAUUACUGAUCUAUUGGCAAAGAGUUUUUGGUGUCUCAGUGUGAUCACAAUACAAGUUGUAGCAACUAUUUUAUAAAAUACUUAGAUGAUUAUGUAGAUAACAAAGGAAUUUACGUAGUCCUAAAACAUUUUAGAGACUAAUUGCUAAUAAUUUCAUCAAUUUCAUAAAGAGCCCAUGAAAUUAAUCCCUAUAUUGUGUGUUUUGGGUUCUACUUAUUUUACACUAUCUGCAACGAUUAACAGAAUUUUGUAUUCUAUAGAAUACAAUAUAUAGAAUACAAUUAGUAGCAAUUACUAUAUUAAGCCUUUCAGUGUUAAAACAGCUCAUAUUUCAGCCAGACAUUUUAUUAGCUACUUUAGUUUUAUGAUCUUGAUAAAGCUGUUGUGGAUAGACAGAAAAUAGUUAUUUCUACUUCCACAUCUGAAUUUGGUGUUUAUUUUUGUUUUUCUACUGCAAUAUACUGUUGAUUUCUAAUGUUUUGCCAUCACUGUUAUUUUUAUUUUAGUAACCAAGCUAAAUGGACAACACUUCAUUAGCAUUGAACUACAUCUAGUUCCAGGCGUAAAUAAAUAAAGCAGUUUUAAAAAAAGAAAGAUAAAAAGUGACAUGUAUUAGCUGUAUCCCAAGUUAAAGGCUACAAAUUUAGGGGAAAGUUUAAAAGUUUAACUUCCUGAAAACUUUUUAAAUUUCCAAUACAAGAAUGAAAAUGCUUGAAAGCCUUGUCACCCUCAUAAAAGUUUCAGUUAAACACUGUAGAAUUUUCCUAUCUAUUGUGGUGUAAAUGGUAUAGAAAAUAUUUUUCCAUGGACAAAAGGUAGAAACUUAUCUUUUACUCCAUUGUUUAAAAAGGAAAUAUUUGUAUGUCUUUUAUGCUGUAAAGAAAAAGAAUGUAUCUUUCAAAUGUUACUAGAAUUAUGACUUAAUUCUAAGGAUACUCUUUGCUUAAAAAAAAAAAAGUCAGCAAGGGAGAGUAAAGGAAGAAGGGAAGAGUGUAUUACACUCCAUUACACAAAAUGCAGUUUUAGAAGGAAAAAGAAU